CACACGGGCAUCUUAUCCGCUCUGUUCAUGUUCUCUUUCACACAUGAUAGUGACUAUCAUAGUGAACAGAACACGGGCACUGGAAGUUAAUGUAAAUAUAUAGUAUGUGCAUGUAUACAUGUAUACAUGCACAUACUAUAUAUUUACAUUAACUUCCAGUGCCCGUGGAACAGAACGGAUAAGAGUUUAAGAUUUAAAUAUUGAUAAAAUUUCGAACUCCUGUGAAUAAAUUCGGCUAGAUCUAUUACAGAGAGCCUAUGUGGUGGAGCAUUACCAGACCUUGUAAGCUGGGAACAAAAUAACGAAAAGAAGACGAUAUGGAAUAUGAUACAGAUGAAGAUGUUCUGUUUGAGAAUUCUCCCCUUCACCUGCAUCUGUUAGAAACAGGAGUAGAAAACUUUACAACUGAGAAGACUUCAACCAGAAUCAAUGAUGAGGCUAUAGAAAAGAAAGAAAAUGUGCUCGUAGCUUGCAAUGCUCUGAAGAAAUGGGGUGGUUUGGAAAUGGUAAAAAUAGUAGCUUUAUAUAUCCUGAAUCUGGUCACACUUUUGCUGGGAAUAGACAGACUGAAGAUGGAGGUCAAGCAGAUGAAAUUGUUUUACAAAACUAACAUACUGAGGGAAUCCCUGACAUGUAAUGUUCUAGAAGAGGAUGACCGGAAUUUUCUGAAACAUUUCUCAGGACUGAAGUCGGAAUCUCUCCAAGGAAAACAGGACCCAGACCUGAGAUCUAAAGUAUUCCUGAUGUUGGGGAUUCCCCUGCUGAUGGCCUACUUUUAUGGGAGGUUGAUGUGGCCCAGCUACCCUUGGAAAUACAAACAGAUAACAGACACCCUGUCAAUCCUCACGGCUGUUUAUUUCCUGUGGAUGAUUGGGAGAUCCUUGUACUUGGCCUGGUGGAGGUGGACACUAGAGGGCACUGUUCAGGAAGUGACGGAGAUGUUGAUGUGUGGGGAGGACUUCUUCAAAUGGACCGAUAAAUGUCUGCGACUGAUUCAAGAAUCAGAGCUGGUAGCCAGAGGGUUUACGCUAGUGAGCCACACCAGUCCUUUGAGCCGCCUGGAACAGAACAAACUACUGAGGCAUCAGAGACAGUGUCCACAACUGAGAUGGCAGCUGUUUGUCACAUGUAGGGACUGCAUGAUAGCCAGCAAGGACGGGACCGGUCAACUGGUCACACAACACCCUCUAUCAGUAGACAGAUCAGUUAAUUUUCUGGCCCAUCUCUCACUUGAGGAGUACGGUCCAUGUCUGCAAGUCAAGGGAGAGAACUCAGAUUCACAGAAACAUCUGGAGGAAGUGACGGAUGGAUUCUCAGUGUCGGCCAUUAAGGGAAUUAAUCAUGUGUGUAAGAUGCAAUACUCGGAGCUGUGUAGAUGUGUCGUCCUCAGGGUACUCCACUCAGUCGAAUCCUCCGAGAACAAUAAUUACCCAGUCACUCGGGAUAUACAGGAGAGAUUCUGUCGGAGUGUGAAGGAGCUCCAGACCCUACACGGUUAUUACAGCAGUGUGUCCUCCCCUCCAGACACACAGCCUCAAAAACCAGAUGUCAGUAAAAUGAAUGACCUUGACCUAGCAGUUCACAGCCUUGACCUUCACCUGCAGGCAGCUUUAUUAAGAGUCAGAAAAUUGUCAGUGCUUUUAAAACAUCCGACUAAUCUGGAUACUGAGUCACUGAGUGGUCAGGCUGUAGAGGUCAGGAAUGACCAAUCACAAGAAGUCCUGCUGGAUCAAAUUAAACAGGAACUGCUGGCAUGCAAAGGAUGUUGGGAAGAAGGAUUGGAGCGGCUCCAAAAGUUGUACAAAUACCAACCAAGUCAAGCCAAAACGUCAGAGAUGGUCCACCAACAGUCAGUACACACCCACUGCCCUGUGGACACGCCCCCUGUCGAUCUGUUUAACACCAGUCCCCCCAUUAUAGAGGACGAGGUUUUCGAGGCCUACAUAGAUGAUGAAGUGGACGUGGACCCAGAUUACAGCUGGGAUGAGUAUCUCACUCCCGAGGAAAAGGAGAGGAAGAGGAGAGAGAAGCAGGAAGCUUUGCGUUUACUGACAGAGCUGAAGUCGGUGAUUUCUGUGAGGGCGGAGGAAAUGGGCAGGAGGGAAAAGAAAGCUCAGGAGAGGAAGUAUGGGGUGGUGUCCCCAGAGAAUCAGUGUAACGACCAGGGAUCCAAGAAAUCUAACGACACAGAAGACUCUCAUCAGGAUGCAAGGCUUAAUUUUGAUGAGCAUCAUUCUGAUAGGCUAAAUGUCUCUGAGUGUGAAGAUGAUUUUAUAAACGGGGAACUUAAUUUGAAUGAGGAUUUAAGUUGUAGUGAGUCUAAAGCAGGUGUAGAACAGAUAACAUGCAAUGAAUGUCAGAAUGAACUUAAAAGUGGGCAAAACACCGGGAAAGAAAACCAUGAAGAGAGACUUUUCUCCACAGGUUCAGAGGAAGGGCCUGUUGAUUGUUCAUUAGGAAAUUUUCCUAAUACUGUGCCAAGGAAUGGAGUGUUACCAUUUCAGAGUCCCAACUUCCAAUUCUCUUCCAGCCUUGCAGCCAUGGCUGUUGCCAGGUCACGUGACUUUGGAUUGACAGAGGACACAUUUGGAGACAGCGAGUCAGACUCUGGAGACUCGGGACCAAGUUAAUGAAGGCUGAUCCUCUUACUAGACUCGACACCAAGUUAUUGAGAGCUAGUGCUCCUCCUGAAUGCAGAACCAAGUUACAUGUAAUUGGGGCUAGUCCUCUAACUGGGCUGAGGACCAGGUUAAUGAGGACUAGUUCUCUUACUAGGCUGAAGACCGAGAUUUUGACCAUUACUAGACUGAGAAUCAAGUUGUUAAGGGUUAUUUCUCUCUUGCAUUGUGUUACUAACUAACUGCUUGCAUAAAAUGAUUGAAGGUUGAUAUUGAUUCUGACCAAAGUGAACUUUCUCAACAGAAUACUCGUGAAUAUUCACUAUUUGGUUGAAAUAAAAAUAUCAAUUUGUCUUUUGUCCUGUUAAGAUGAAUCUGUGUGAAAUACAUGUACCUGUAGCAUUUGGGAUUGUGCAAUAAAUGAUUGUUGUGAUCAUUGGAA